CUGGAUUUCAGAGUUGUUACCAAACGAUAGAUUUCACUUUCAAUGUUCUAAUAGAAAUUUCUCAUUUUUUUACACUUUGUCUCGUCCUGGAAAGGCUCUCUUGAUACCAAUACCAGAUUUCCAACAUGGCCCGUCAUCCCCUCCAAAAGCUGUCCUCUCCGUCUCGCGGCUUCUCGGCUUUGGUCCAUAUUGCCGGCAUCAUCUCCUUCUCCCUAUCCUUCAAAUACCUUCAUGAUUUUCCAAGCCUGAUAAACGAAUCUUAUGGGUGGCACUGGCAGUACCUGACCAUUUUGGGCCUCACAGUUGCACAUGCAACCUUCGUAUCCGGUCUUCUAGCCGAUAUAAACGGUUCCCCUACGCUUUUCACCAUCAAGAACGCCUUGUCGCUAUGCAGCACUCCCCUCGAAGUUUUGAUUAGCAUUUUAUAUUGGGGAAUUAGUGCUAUUGAUAAAACGUUGGUUGUGCCACCCGAGAUUUACAUUGCCCCGUUGGCAGAUAUUGGGUUCCAUGCCAUGCCAUCGAUAUUGCUGACUGUGGACCUGCUACUGCUUUCUCCUCCUUGGACAAUCAGAGCCCUUCCUGCGAUGGGCUUGAGCUCGGGUAUUGCAGUUGCAUAUUGGGCGUGGGUAGAACAUUGCUUUCAGCAUAAUGGCUUGUGAGUUUGAGCCUUUCAGUUUCAUCCCAAAUAUACUCGGGUACUAAUUGCCAUGAUAGCUAUCCGUACCCUUUAUUUGAGCAACUUGAUAUCCCACAACGAGUGGCUCUGUUUACUGGAGCUGCCAUCACAAUGACUGGCAGCACAGUCAUGCUUAAAUGGUUAUAUGGAAAGGUUAAUGGGAUAGACGGAAAACAAUUGCGAAGCACGCCACAACACAUCAAAGGUCAAUAAUUCUGAGCAAAAGAUAGUCUUUUCGGUGUACAGUACACAUAGGGCGAUAGAUACCAACAGCGGGCGGGCGAAGCAUAAACCGGAAAGCUUCGGUUUUCUCUCACGUUUCAAAUAUCAUGUCUUUUCUUGCCAAUGGUGUGGACGAUGGAGUUGCUAGGCGGUAGUACCGAACGGCAUUAGUAAUUAACCUUUGUCUUGGUAACUCGUUCACCUAUAGGUUUGGGUUUCCGAAUUCAGGUCUUGUCGCUUCACUCCUUCGUCUGUUACGGGUUUGUUAGUCACAGCUGAAUACAAGUAGAGAAUU